AGAUUUGAUGUUCAAGGAUAGAAUUGUUAUUCAACGUUGAAGGUCAAACUGCACGAAGAGAAAUGGCGGAGGCUGCUCUUCUUCUUGUCACGACAAAGAUUGGAAAAGCUGUGGCAACAGAAACACUGCACUAUGCUAGACCAUGGCUAACAAAAAAAGCUGGGUCUAUUGCAGAGCUCCCAACCAACAUGACACUGAUAAAGAAUGACCUCGAGGUUAUACAAGCAUUUAUCAAGGAUACUGGCGGCAAGGGUUUGAUAGAUGGAGUCACCGAAACAUGGAUAGGGCAAGUCCGAAGAUUGGCGUAUGAUAUGGAAGACAUUGUGGAUCAAUAUAUGUAUGUUGUUGGUAAACACCAUCAGAAAGGAUCAAAGUGGAGUUAUGUGAAGAAAAUUGUGAAGAAACCCCAGUACCUGUUUACACUAGAUGAAAUUGCUACUGCCCUUGAGAGAAUAAACCAAGCGCUUAUACGUCUUAAACAAAACAAAGACUGGACUCAACCAAUAGCUGGUGUGGGCGAUGUUUAUGCAACAAAUUAUGACAGCCAACAGCAACUAUAUCUUCCUGGACAUGAUUACUCAAUCUCUGAUGAUGAACUUGUAGGAAUUGAUAAAAAUAGAGACAUCUUGAUGGGGUCACUGAAUUUGGAAAAAUCUCUAGAUCUGCAAACCAUUGCCUUGUGGGGUAUGGGUGGUAUCGGGAAAAGCACUCUUGUCAAUAACGUGUUUAGAAAUGAAGCAUCCAACUUUGAAUGCCGUGUAUGGGUUUCCGUCUCUCAGUCCUAUAAGCUAGAUGAUAUUUGGAGAAUAAUGCUGAAAGAAAUCUAUUCUAAAGACCAGAAAGCAUUUGAUGGUGAGAAGCUGACUUGUGCAGAGCUACAAGAUGAAUUGAAGGAAACCCUGAAGACAAAGCGGUACUUGAUCAUAUUGGAUGAUGUCUGGACAGCUGAAGCUUUUAGAAAAAUUAAAGGGGUUCUCGUCGACACAAAGAUGGGAAGCAGAAUAAUAAUCACAACAAGAUCUGAUGAAGUAGCUUCACAAGCUGAUGAUGGAUACAAGAUCAAAGUUGAGCCUCUUGAGAAGGAGGAUGCAUGGCGUCUAUUUUGCAGGAAGGCGUUUCCGAGAACUGAAAAUCACAUCUGCCCAUUAGCAUUACGGAAAUGUGGUGAAUCCAUAGUGGAGAAGUGUGAUGGUUUACCAUUAGCCCUUGUGUCCAUAGGGAGCAUAUUAUCUCUUAAGGAGCAGAAUGAUACAGAGUGGGGACUAUUUGAAGCACAACUUAUUUCCGAGCUAAACAACAAUUCGGACCUGAAGCAUGUGGUGAAAAUUCUAAAUCUAAGCUACAAAUACUUGCCUGACGAUUUGAAGAGUUGUUUCUUGUAUUGUGCCAUGUUCCCAGAAGACCACAUGAUCCAUAGAAAAAGAUUGAUCAGACUGUGGGUUGCAGAAGGGUUUAUUAAACAAAAUGGAAAUUGCAGUUUAGAAGAUGUUGCUGAAGGUUACCUGAGAGAGCUCGUUCGACGAAGCAUGCUUCAUGUGGUAGAGAGGAACAGUUUUAACAGGAUCAAGUGUGUUCGAAUGCAUGAUCUUGUGCGGGAACUAGCCAUUUUCCAAUCCAAGAGAGAGAGUUUCGGUACAACUUAUGAUGAUAGUCAUGGGGUGAUGCAGGUGGAUUCUCGUCGCAUGUCGGUGCUCCAAUGCAAAAAUGACACUCAACCAAGCGUAGGUCAAUGCGGGCUUCGUACCUUCAUAGCAUUCAACACUAGUAUGGGAUCCUUUCCAUGGUUUAGCUCAGAAUCGAAGUACCUUGCUGUGUUGGAGCUAUCAGGAUUACCUAUUGAGACUGUUCCAAAUUCAAUUGGGGAGCUAUUCAACCUUAGGUAUUUGGGCCUCAACAAAACCAAGGUGAAGGUACUCCCGAAAUCUGUUGUGAACCUUCACAACUUAGAAACAUUGAGUCUUCGAGGUGCAGACUGUCUGUAUCUCCCACGAGGGUCUAAAAAGUUGAAGAGCUUGCGGCACAUUAUAAUGGGUAAAUUGCUGGACCAAAGUUGGUUGAGUUUCAAAAGUUUUGAAUGUAUGGAGCCUUUUAAUGGAUUGUGGAGUUUCAAGAACUUGCAAACUCUAGGUGCAGUUCGAGCUAGUAAAGCUUUCGUUGCAAAACUAGCAAGUUUAUCUCAGCUGAGGACCCUUAGCAUUAGUGGGGUAAGGGGCAUCCAUUGUGCACAAUUGUGUGACUCUCUGUCAAAGAUGCAUCAGCUCUCAGUGUUAGAAAUAAUAGCCAUCAAUGAAGAUGAGGUACUCCAGCUUGAAAUUUUAACUUUGUCAAACCGUCUUAGAAAGCUCUGUCUGUACGGCCGAUUUUCCGAAGGAACUUUUAAGUCUCCAUUUUUCUCAAGCAACGGAGAUGUCCUUCACAAAAUAUCUCUACGUUGGUCCCAGCUCUCAGAGAACCCAGUGCCGCGCCUCUCUGAGUUGUCAAACUUGACCGAAAUAGUUCUAAGCAAAGCGUAUACUGGACAGGAGAUAAACUUCCAGCCAGUGUGGUUCCCAAAUGUGAAGAUUCUUUUCUUGUUGAAUUUGCCACAUGUCAACCAAAUAUGCAUACACGAGGGAGCUUUGGUCCGCCUUGAAGAACUUGUGAUCAGUGACCUUGUUGUACUGCGGGACAUCCCUACCGGCCUGGAACAUCUGAAAUCCCUCCAGGAGGCGUUUUUUCGUCAUAUGCAUCCUGAUUUCGAUAGGAAUCUUCGAAGGGCAAUACCAGAGCAUAUCCCGAGAGUCUACUGCACCAUAAGACCCGGAGAGGCAUGAGCCUUUCUUGCGUGGAUGGGGUUUGCACUUACCUCCAUCAAUGUGGGAGCUAUGUAUCACUGUUGAGGAAUGGCGAAUUAUGAGACAACUGUCACUCUUCGUGCUAUUACUAUUUGUACUUAUUCAAAAAAUAACUGGUUUUACAGUAUUUAUGUUUAGUGGUGCUAAGCUAUUGCUUGCGACAAUUAUUAUGUACUUUUACGGAGUGAUUCAUGUAAUAAUGUUGAAAACUUCAGCUACUUGCUCAACACAUGUGUAAGAGAAAGCAAUCCUUAUUUGCCUUUUGCCACUGAA